GCGACAGGAACACUCGCAACGUCGCAACGUAAACAAACAAGCGUGAAGUGGCAGUCAUCCCCCGGCUUAUUAGAUAAUUUCAGGAAUAUUCAAAAUUGUGUUCAAGAUUAGUGUAGCUAAAUAAUAAGCUUUUAUUAUGAUACUGCGGCUACUCACCACCUCCAUCCAGCACCGUGUGGCCACUUUGUCCCCGGGAAAUGUGCUAACCCGCAUCGCCGUACAAAUUCCAAAGUUUCCGAUAGUCCUGAGCCAACUGCGAGCCAAUUUGAGUACGACCGGCCGGCUUGCGGUCAAUCCGGUGGCAACACGCGCCUACGACAUCAACACCAAAGUGGUCAAGGAUGUGAUGCUCUACAAGUACGACAACCCGCGCUUCUACCGGAUAUUGAACAUUUUCGCCAUCACUCAGUUCCUGUUCUGGGGAUAUUUGUCACACUUUGCCUACAAUACGUUGCGGGAUACGCCGGUUCCUGAGGGAAACAGUGAGGAACUGGCUUGGUACGAGCGUAUUAACCUGGGAGAGAACAAGUACCGUAACGGAAUUGCUAUCAUGUCCUUCUUGAUAGGAUACGGAAUUCUCUUCACUGCAUGGAUGUUCACGCUCCGGUCGGUGCGAUUUUUAAUCCUUAGGAAAGGCGGCGAAAAAGUCAGCGUGGUGACUUAUGGACCAUUCGGUAAAAAUCGCAUUAUGGAGGUGCCCGUGAAUUGUAUUUCUGCUCAGGAAUCCAGAGAAGCUGCCCGUGUAACAAUUCCCAUUAAAAUUAAGAAUCGCUCCUUUUUCUACGUUGUGGACAAGAAGGGCGAAUUUACAAACGCUCGGCUGUAUGACUACACCGUUGGCAUGAGACGAAACUGGAAGUAAGCCUUGUUAUGCUUGUAAAAAGUUGUAGAAAAAAAAACAAAUUGUUUUAUUUGAAUUUGAACUACAAAAACAAACGAUUACAAUUUGAAA